UAUGAAUGCAUACGUACUGUAGAUGCUACAUCUACAUACUAGUAUUAGUAGAGCAAUUUCUUUUUCUCAGGUGUCAGUGCCGGUUUGAACCACAUGCACUGAAUUCUAUUUUUCCCUUUCUUCUGUGAAAUACAUCAGCAGAUCAGCACUGCCGUAUAACCAGCUGUUUUGAUAAGCUAUACAUUUUCAUAUCUAGUUUGAAGAAAAGAAAAAGAAAGUAUCAAUAUGAAUAAAGAUAUGACUGCUAAAGAUAUUCGACAAGCUUAUAUUGACUUUUUUAAAAGCAAAGGUCAUAAAUAUGUUCACUCGAGUUCUACAAUACCUCAUGAUGAUCCAACAUUACUCUUUACAAAUGCUGGAAUGAAUCAGUUCAAACCAAUAUUUCUGGGAACUGUGGAUCCAAACAGUGAUAUGUCAAAAUAUGUAAGAGUUGUUAAUAGUCAGAAAUGCAUUAGAGCUGGAGGAAAACACAAUGAUUUAGACGAUGUUGGAAAAGAUGUUUACCAUCACACAUUCUUUGAAAUGAUGGGCAAUUGGUCUUUUGGAGAUUAUUUCAAAAAAGAAAUUUGCACCUGGGCUUGGGAAUUUUUAACAGCCAAAUUAGGGUUACCAGCUGACCAAUUGUAUGUAACUUAUUUUGGAGGAGAUGAGAAGAACCAUUUGAAGUCAGAUGAAGAAUGCAAAAAUAUCUGGCUAUCAAUGGGAGUACCUCCUACUCAUGUUUUGCCAGGAAAUAUGAAAGAUAAUUUCUGGGAAAUGGGAGAAACAGGUCCUUGUGGACCAUGCAGUGAACUACAUUAUGAUCGUAUUGGUAACAGAGAAGCAGCUCAUUUAGUGAAUCAAGAUGAUCCAGAUGUUUUAGAAAUCUGGAAUCUUGUCUUUAUACAAUUUAAUAGAGAGUCUGAUGGAAGUUUGAAAUUGUUACCAAAGAAACAUAUUGAUUGUGGUCUAGGUUUGGAAAGAUUAGUAUCGGUUGUUCAGAAUAAACGUGCUAAUUAUGACACAGAUUUAUUUAUACCACUUUUUGAAGCCAUACAGAAAGGUACAGGAGCACCACAUUAUCAAGGAAAAGUUGGUGCUGAUGAUAUUGAUGGUAUAGAUAUGGCAUAUAGAGUUCUGGCUGACCAUGCAAGAACUCUUACAAUUGCUCUUGCAGAUGGCGGUGUACCAGACAAUACUGGCAGAGGAUAUGUACUAAGACGAAUUUUAAGGCGCGCUGUGCGUUAUGCGACAGAAAAAUUAAACGCAAAGCCCGGAUUUUUUGGAACAUUAGUAAAUGUAGUUGUUGAUCUGCUCGGUGGUAUCUUUCCUGAGGUAACUAAAGAUCCGCAGCAGAUAAUUGAUAUUAUUAAUGAAGAAGAAACUCAAUUUCUUAAAACUUUAUCGCGUGGUCGUAAUUUAUUAAAUCGUACAAUAGCAAAAUUAGAAUCGUCCACUAUUAUCCCUGGCGAUAUUGCUUGGCGUUUGUACGAUACAUAUGGUUUCCCUAUUGAUUUAACGCAACUGAUGACAGAAGAAAAAGGCCUGAAGGUGGAUAUAAUAGCUUAUGAAGAAGCAAAAAAGCAGGCUCAGCUCAUCUCUCAAAGCAAAAGUGGUGGGGUGGAUGAUCAAAUUAAUUUAGAUGUUCAUGCAAUUACUGAAUUACAAAAUAAAGAAAUUAAGCCCACUGUAGACUUACCGAAAUACAAUUACACAGUUCGGAAUAAUAACCUGUAUGAAGAAUAUGAAUUUGCUCCAUGUACUGGUACUGUACUUGCUCUUAGAUGUAAUAAAACGUUUGUUGAUGAAGUGUCAUCAGGAGAAGAAGUUGGAAUUUUAUUAGAUCAAACGAAUUUUUAUGCUGAGCAGGGCGGACAAAUAUAUGAUGAAGGAUUUAUAGUGAAGAUUGAUGAUGAAGAGACAGAAGUUCGGAUAAAAAAUGUUCAAAUUAGAGGCGGCUAUGUGUUACACAUUGGUUCUGUAGGUCAAGGAGUACUAAGAAAGGGUGACAAAGUUCACUUAAAUGUAGACUUUACACGUAGGCGGCUUAUAAUGAGCAAUCAUACAGCAACCCAUGCUCUUAAUUAUGCUCUCCGAAAAGUAUUGGGUACAGAAGUUGAUCAGAAGGGUUCUCUAGUAGCGCCAGAUCGCCUCCGAUUUGAUUUUACAAAUAAAGGUGCCAUGACUCCAGAACAAGUGAAACAAGUCGAAGAAAUUAUCAAUAAUAUCGUAAAAGAGAAGAAAAAGGUUUAUACUAGAGAAUGUAGUUUAUCAUUAGCAAAAACUAUACAAGGGUUACGUGCUAUGUUCGAAGAAACAUAUCCAGACCCUGUUAGAAUAGUUAGCUUAGGUGUCCCGAUUGAAGAUUUGGAAAAGGAUCCUUUAGGUCCUUGUGCAAUGCAGACCAGUGUGGAAUUUUGUGGAGGAACCCACUUGCAUUGCACAGAGCAUAUUGGAGAUUUUGUUAUAGCCAGCGAAGAAGCAAUUGCUAAAGGUAUUAGGCGCAUCGUAGCACUCACUGGUCCUGAAGCAGCGAAAGCUCAGAAAAAGGCGUUGUUGCUACAGAAUCAAUUAGACCAGCUUCAAAAGACUAUAUUAGCUGAUAAAAAUAGUGUGAAUUCAAAAGAGUAUGUAAGAAAAAUAGUUGAGUUAACAGAUGAUGUUUCACGUGCUACGAUUCCAAGUUGGAAAAAGGACAAAAUGCGUAAGAUGUUAAAAGAUUUAAAGAAAACACUCGACGAUCAAGAACGCGCUGCAAAAGCAGCAAUCGCUAAUUCAGUAUUAGAAACCAUUGACCAAUUAAUUCAGCAAAAUGUUGGUUGUCCAGUUUUGGUUGAGGUUUGUCAAGCGUAUAGCAAUACAAAAGCUUUAGAUUCUGCCUUAAAAAAGAUAAAAGCUGUGUCCCCAGAAACAAGUGCAUUACUACUUAGUGUAGAUCCUGAUGCUAAAAAGAUAUUUGCACUUAGUGCAUCCUCCAAGUCUGCUAUAAAUAAAGGAUUGAAAGCGAAUGAAUGGAUCCAACAAAUUGCUCCCCUCAUAGGAGGAAAAGGUGGAGGAAAACCCGAGUCUGCUCAGGCUUCGGGUACUAAUAUUUCAUGCUUAAAUAAAUUAAUACAUACAGCUAAAAACUUUGCUAAUUUAAAGCUAGGUAUUACAGUUCCAGAUAUUAAAAAGGAAAUUCCAGCUAACAAAUCAGUGGCUGAUGAAACAGUUGUACAUCAGAAAAUUUCAAAAGACAACUUAACACUUUUUGGUAAUAUUGGAAGUGUGAAGUACUAUCGUGCUCAAAUAGUAGCAAAUUAUAGUGGAAAAAAAUUGGUUGUAUCACAACAUAAAAGUAGUGACGAAAUUUCUAGAGAUAUUAGGCUUCAAGGAAAUGGUUUUGAAUUAUUUGAUAGCAACGCAAUUGCAUUUUAUUUAGCAAAUGAUCAAUUGAGGUGUUCCAAUGACCCUUUUGCAUUUACUCAAAUUUUACAGUGGUUAAAUUAUGCAGAUAAUCAUAUUCUACCAGCAGUUUCUGGAUGGGUUGUUCCGUGUCUUUCCGAGAAUAUACCUAAUUAUAUGAAGGCAAACAUUAAAACAUCUAAAGAAGACCUCCUUUCUUCUUUGAAAAAAUUAAAUAAUAUACUCUUUACAAAAACUUAUUUAGUAGGAGAAAGAAUUAGUCUUGCAGACAUUGCUAUGUUUACUACUCUAAUACCUCUAUACGAAUAUGUUUUUGA